AUGGGCUUGAAUAAUAAAAAUACACAAAUAACAAUGCGAUCAUUAAAAUUUCUUAAAAUUAGAGUCAAUGAACUUGAAAUUUUUUCUGAUAUUUCUUUUCCUCAAUUAUUGUCAAAAAUUAAUUUUAUAAAUGAUUUAAUACUUACUUAUCAAAGUAGAGUUAUCAUUUGUGAUAAAACAUUAGAUUUAGAUAAUAAUAUCCAAAUAACACGUCUUGAAUAUAAAUAUGGAACAUUUACGAGUUUACCACAAAUGAUAUUUUCAUGUUUAAAUAAACUCGAAUAUCUUGGUAUAAAAAAUAGCCAACUGGAAAUAAUUUUACCAGGAGCAUUCAAUGGCCUUGAGAAACUUAAAAGGUUAACAUUGUCGUCAAAUAAAUUGACACAUAUUGAUCGGAAUGUUUUUCAAAAUUUAAUAAAUUUGAAUUCUCUAAAACUCAUUGAUAAUAAAAUUAAAAAUAUUGAUGAUAAAGCAUUUGAGAAACAGACAUUAUUAACUUUAGAUUUGAGUUACAAUGAGUUGAAAUUUAUAAGUAAAUCUAUGUUUUAUGGUGUCAAAUGCAAACGGUUGGAUUUAUCAAAUAACAAAUUAACAUUCAUUGAAACUGGUACAUUUAAAAAUACCAAUCUUGAAAGUCUAUACGUAAAAAAUAAUAAUAAACUCAUUAAAAAUUUUAUUGCUUGGAAUGUCGAUGAAUUCAAAAUACAAACUGAUUGUAUUGUUCAGGGUAUAUUACAAAUUUGUACAAAAUUAAAUUCCUUAUCAUCUGUCGACGUGAUAAUACAUGAUUUUUCACCAGAAUUUCCAUUACCAAGUAGCAAACUCGAAUUAUACGGAAUAUCAUCAAUUGGUAGAAAUGCAUUUAACAAUUCAAACAUCAAUGUCUAUUUUAAAGUAUUAGAGAUACAUUAUACUGAAAAUCAUGAAUUUAUCAUUUAUCCUGAAUCAUUUGAGGAUUUGAUAAACUUGGAAGAUUUGAUUCUAAAUGUUGGCCCAAUAACAUUGACAAACAAUUUAUUCGAUAAGCUAAAAUCUCUCAAGUAUUUAAAAAUUCAAGUCAUAGAAACUGUUCAAUAUCUCAGUCAAGUAUUGAUAAAUCUCAAAAGUCUAAAGACCCUGGAAAUCGUUGGUAAUAAAACUGUUGGUAUUUGUCGAAAUGUUUAUUCCAAAUAUAUAUCAAAUACUUCAAUAACGGAUAUUCGUUAUGUAAAUGGUGAAAUUGAUGAAUUACCAGAAAAUUCAUUUGUUUGUAUGCCUCAAAUUGAAUUAUUGACAAUAACCAAGACAAACCUGAUGACGAUUCAAGCUGGUGCAUUGAAUUUACUUGUUAAUUCAAAAAUAAAAACAACGAUAUCAUGUGAAGUAUGUCCAUUAAUGUGUGUUCCAAGAAGUUUAUUAAUACCACGAUUGGGUUAA